AUGCGUCGUCUUGGGAAGAACUCCAUCCUGUCCAAUUCGGUCAACGCCCGCACCACCAGGCCCGAGCCGCUCCCAACGCUCCCAAGCAGCAGGCCCCAUCACCGCGCGCACAAUUUCCGCCCCAGCUCCGCUUGGCAGCAGCGCCACCACGCGCCCACCGAGCCGCUCCGCCAACACGCGCUGCCGCCGCCAUCUGCCAGCUCCGCGAGCGCGCCCGCAUACCACCGCUCGCCCGCGCUCCAACCACCAGCAAGCACAACCACGCGCAGGCCGCCCACUCUGCACGCCCCAGCUCAACCGAGCCAGGCCGCACGCAGCCAAAUCGCCCUGCAGCAGAGCCCCGCCUGGCCUCAGGCCACCCGCGCCCGCACAGCAGCAGCCCCACCCCCGCUCAGGCUCAGGCCAACUCACCUGCGUCUCCUCAGCUAG